AUGCGCUCACAUGUCGCGUACACCAAUACUGCCAAAGAGGAUGAGAUGGACAUCUUUGUUAGCUUCCCGAGUUGGAGGAAGACCUCCGCGAGCAUUUUAGUGCGUCUGGGAGUUACGUCCGAGGACGAACUUAGCAAGCUCCUGCACCGCAAGCUUAUUGAGAUCGGAUUCGUGCAGGCCAAGUUGAUCUGUGUGUAUACGUUAGAUGAUGGAAAGGCGUUCUAG